AUGGACAACGAAGAAUUCGAAGAAUCGAUGCGUAAAGUCAAUUUGAUAGGUGAGAACCGUCAACCGCCGCGUUCAAUGAAAAAACGCCGAUGCGAGUAACGAUUUAUUUAAUUUUUGUCUCGUGUUCAGGCGGCAUCAUAAAAGACAUGAGUUCGAAAAACGAAAGCAAGUCGCGAAUAGGCAUGCUCCGGGCUGACGAAUUGCUGGGAAGAGACGUGACGGAGUGGGACGAGGGUUCGUUGAAAACCGUGCAGAACGGUACGCAAAUAAACCGCAAAGCUUUCGAAGAUUUGGGAAAACCCAAAGAAGAUAUUCCCGCGGAUGCCGGUACGACACAAUCGUAGUUUUUUUUUUUUUUAUCUAACGUCUUAAGACGGUCCCACACGGCCCGUGUGCUUUGCGAGCGUAUGCUCGGCGAGUGUACUUGCCAUGUUUGCACAGUGCACGGUGUUUGCAAUUAUGUUGUUCCUACACGACACUCGUAAUCGCCAAAUAUCCAUUCGAAAUAACGAUAUUAACAAUGAAUAAUUGUCCAUUUCGGGGGAAAAUCCAAGAUUAAAUUUCUUAUCAGCACGAGUCGCCCGUGUUGUAUCCGACACCGGCGGGAAACCGCGAGUGACUCGGCGAGUAAAAAUAAUCGUCGCGUUUCGCGAUUAAACGCCUCGCGCACGACUCGCAAAGCAGUAAGAUUGACGAAUAUAUUCGCCGAUUACACGGGUCGCGUGGGACCGGUUUUACGGCAUUUCGAAUGCACGGUGUAUUCGAGUGUACUAGCGGAAUAUACAGCGGGACAUCAUUAGAUUUGAUAUCGUUUUUUUUAAUAUUUAGGACGUAGGUAUACUUAAAAAUAUUACAGCCAGCGGUGUAGCCUGGUGGGGGGGGGCAAACAGGGUUUCCUAGGAAACCACAGGGCGCUAUAGCCUUACCUGUUUAAUUCCCGAAAGAACAUAUAUAUAUAUAUGUCAUUUCUCCGUUUGUAGCACACAUAAAUAUAAUAUCAUACUAUGACGAGUAUAACAAAUCGUAAGACCUCUUAUAGAUACUACAAUAAUCUAACCGCAGUGAAUUGAACACAAACUGAAGCACCGCACGGGUGUACGUUUAACACGAAAUCUGCGGGGAAAACCGAAUUUACGACGAAAAACGAUAAGUUUUGCCGUUGUCACCGCGAAAACCGACGUGUUUCACCGUAUUACAUCGGUAUCGCACUUCUCUAUAACGCGAUUGUUUUGUUCGGUAUCAUAUUAUAUUAUUUAUUGAAGGUGACGUCCAUAUACGAGGAAUGGAAAUAGAUAAUUUGCUUACCCAUCGCUAAUUUCAUAAAACAAAAAAAAAAGCAAUUUCAAAAUUAUCAAAAAUGAGAGAAAAUUAUGGAAACAAUUAUAUAAGAAAAUUAUGUAUAUAAAAAAAAAAUGAUUAUAAAACAAUCUAUUAUAUACAAUUAUUACAUUUAAAGGGUCUCGUCAUUUACACUUGAUUUCUCUGUUCGCUCGUGCGUAAUACAGUAACAUGGGCAUUACUUAUUUCCACGAUUUCGACUCUCCGGUUAAGUUCAGAGCAGAGGAGCCUAUUAUAUAUUUUAUAAACAAGACCGUUUAGGUUUAUUACUAUGGAUCCGACCAGUACAAGUAUCCGAAAAAUGAUUUUUUAAAUAUUUCCAUUGUUUAUCGGGAUAUGUGAAUUUUAAUUUCCUCGUAAUUUCAACCAGUGACCACAUAUUAUUAAGAAUUAAAAAUAUUAUGCAGGUAACUCUUAACAUCCACAGGAUCAAUAGUAAAUACCGUUAUUUGUGGAUUGCAUAAUCGGUCCUUUUGCCUUAAACUCGAUUAGACAGUCGCAAUCGUUGAACUAUGGUAUAAUAUACCUUCUGUUGACAGACAGAGAAAACAAAUAUUAGUGGCGGGAUCCCUCGACUAAUGAAAUAUAGCGACAGUGCUUGUAUUACUUAAUAAUAUUAUGACGUAUUUGGAUUGUAUAAUACCGUAUAUAUAUGUAUAAUAUCUUGUACGCGCAAAUAUUUGAAGUACAUAAUAUUAUACCAUAUUAUUAUAUUAUUGAGCUAUAGUAUCAUAUAUUAUAUAUAAUAUGUAUGUACAUUAUACUGGUCUGUUUGACGUGGUCGUAAUGCAAUUCAACCGUCGAGUCGCGUGUGCGUGUGUAUUUCAGUAUAUAAUAGUCGUAGUACUUAUAGUCAUCUACGUUUUAUAGCCGAGGGAAAUAUUGAUACACAAUCAGUAUUAUACCUGAUGAACAAAACGGUCCGGUCAGUUCGACAUUGCGGAAUUGAUUUCCGGGUACAUAAAAAACUGUUCGAAUUCGAUCUCGUGCAUAAAUGUAGGUUUAAAUGAUGAGCCUAUUAUUUACAACGGAAAAAUUUGGCGCCUUCCCGUACCAUCGUGACCUGCAGCAUAGUAAACUUUUUAACUAAACCAGAUCCGCUUUAAUAAUUAAAAUCCGUUAAACCCAAACCUUACAGUUUUAUCCAGCUUUUCGGUCUAAAUACCACUAUUUUUUUCAAUUACUGUGACCGUAUUAAGGAUGCGUUUCUAGAAACUUUUCUAAACGGUCCUAAAAGUCUGUGUAAUAUGGGAAGGAAAUUGUCGUCGGUUUGUAAUUAUUGUUAUUAAAAUGACAGUUUAUCAGAACCAACGCGUGUGUUACUUGAAGUUCACCUGUAAACCAAUUCGUAUGUAAUCAUAUACCCCUAUAAGCUACCCGAGAACCAAUUCGAUAAUUGAGAACCGACUGGUUGGCGUCCGGUCAGUAACUAAAACAUGUUCUGCUCGCUGCGCUAAAACGACAAAAUCACGGGAAAACAGUCAACGUGUUUGUUUUUGAUUUCAAUUUAAUUUAUCUAUGCCUGAUGGCUGUUAUAGAAAUAUAAAUAUAAUGAUUAAUAAAAGUAGUGAUAAUAUUGUUAAUAAUAUGAAUAAUAAAUAAUCUGCAGUGUUGUGCGUAUAAAUGGCGAAAAGCAAACCGGAUAACGGUAAUAAUAAUAAAAAAAACAAAAUUUCCCUGUGGUCCGAGUUUAAGAUAUUGCGUUUAGGUACACGAUUUUCAGACGGAAACCUUUAAGAUCAGAACUUGAGAAAAAUGGGGUCUGAAUUGAUUAGACGCAAUGAUUUUUCGAUCGGAACGUUACAUAUGCAAUCAGUUUUACGAGUGCUGAUUUCGAAUGUUUAUUUAUUCCGGAACCCUAUUAAGCUGAUAGCAUCAAUCUUAUCUAGCAUUAAAUAACUAAUAAAUCUUUGGCUUAGUAUUUGUCUUCUCAUAUCUAGGUUAACUAAAUUUAAGAUUUCGGAGACCGGUGUGUAGUCAUGGGGAGCGUUGGUAAUUUUAUUUUAGAUUCUAAGCAGAGCGAGGAACAUUUUAAAUAUAACAUACAGAAGAAAGGAGCUGUUUGAACUUUUUCAAUUCGCUGUAUGUAUUUCUGAGAAUAAUCGGACCAUAUCACUGGCCCGUAUUCUAAAAUCUACGGCACUAACGAGGUUUGGUUGAAGUCCGACGCAUUGUGACGGAUAAUAUCUAAAGUACCCACUUAACGCUUUACAAGUAAUGAAUUCAGUGUGAUUACCGAAAGAUAUGGAUGGGUGAAAUUAAUUAUUUAAAUCUUAAGUGUUUCACCUGCUUUAUUCGACGCUACCAUUCGUUACGAAUUAAGCAGUAAUGAAAAUCAAUUUUAUUAUGUGUUCUAAAGAAUACCAUAACCUUAAGUUUGUUUAAGUUUAAGAAAAGUCCAACCGAUGUUCGCACCAGUUAACAAUCUUAAACAUACAAUUUUUCAAGUAUUACUGUGCCGUGGAAAUUAUUUUGUACAUGUACCUACUAGUUUAUUAAUCAUUCGUAUAUCAGUAUGAAUGAAUAACAAUACCUAUAUAGCAGUUAUUAUAUAACAAUUAGGUAUUAUGCAAUAUAGUUACAAACAUAAAUGUCGUCCUGGGGCUCAGAAUAGAUUUUUAUCCGCAAUGAUUUAUUAUUGUUGCCUGAUACAUCAAUUAGGUUUUACACCUUCCCAACCGGAAUGUGUCGGUUUUCAAAAUUAUAUUAUACGAUACGAUACUAUCAUCGUGCACAGAAUUGUUUUGUUUUCCUACUGAAUUUCGCGCUCAUAUUACACGUUUUAUUUUAGAUUACAUCAUAAUAUUAUAGUUAACUUUCUAUUGUAACAUAUCUGUUUAUUUAACGUUUAUGGAUUUUAAGUUGAACAUGUUCUCAUGUUUGAAAAGUUUUUAUAAUCGUUUUAAAUCGUCAAAAAUUAACCAUAUAAUAUGUUACGGGACGAUGAACACAAAUUUAUAAUCCGCGCGUUUGAAAUUCGAUCCAAUCGUUUUCGUUUUCAAUGCGAGCACCGGUAACUUUUACAAUAUAAUAAAUAAACCGAUGUGUACUCAAAUAACUAUUCAGCACAAAUUAAUAUAACUGAAAGACGAUCGUCUAUAUUCUAUAAUCUAUAUACGAAACCGUAUUAGGUUAUUAACAACAUGUUUGUCUGUAUGUCAUUAUCGUAUUCGAAUUGAGUAAAUAUUGUUUUGCUCCGCGUAUAUACGUUCGUAUUUAUCGAGUAUGUAAAUAAACAGAAUUUAAUGGUUAAAACGGUUUUUUUUCUUUUAUUAUCGAUUAAAACCCGUUUUGAAAUUUAACCUUUGAGUCUUACGGUAUAUAUAGUUUUUUGGUUAGAAAAAACAACAACCUUUAAUAAACCCAAGCGGGGGUACCUGCACUGUAUAUAUUUUAAUAUACUGAACAGAAUACAAUUUGAUAUAGUAUUUUAUAAUGGAAAGUCAAUGUUUAGUCUAAUAAUAAAAGUUCGGCGGAAAAUAUUUUUGUGAAGAUAAUAUAGUAAUUACGCGAAUUUUGUAUCUAUUUAAUUUCGUUCAACAACAAUAAUAAUAAUAAUAAUAAAAAGUUGAAUAAUUUAAAUAAUGUCACGAAAAGUAAAAAAAAAAAAACCACAUUGUUAAAUUUACCGUGGUAAAAAUAUUUACAUUUUAUUCCGUCAAGAAAAAAUAAUAAUUCAGAAUCUCUUUUAUAAAUACUUAAACGUUUUAUGCACAUAAAUAUAUAAAUAUAUGUACAAAUAUUAUUAUAGAAAAUAUGUAAAACUUAUUAAAUUAUUUUACUAUAAAAUGACAUAUAUAUCAUUUACUAUCAACUUAACUCCGCUCAGAAUCAUUUUUUUGCAAGCAAUGGUAUAUCGUUGCUUACAGGUAUAUAUUAAAUAAUCUAUUACAGUGGUUGCACCCGUCUCAAAUAUUCUAGGAUGUCUUUUUAAAAUUGUAUAUAUAUAUAUAUUUUUUUUUUAACAUUUUCUACUUGCGCCAAACCACUACAGAUAUAUUAAAUACUUGUAUAUUAAUAGUGAUAAAAAGUAUUAUUUCAACUUUUGUUUUAAAUGCAAGGUGUUCUGCAAUAUUAUCCUUGUCAAUAUUAUUUUUUUUUUUCCAUUCGGUUUUGUGCGAGAGGGACAUAUAUUAUUGUAGAGAAAAAGAGAAUUUGAAACUUCAAACUUCAAAGUUUGAAAUUUCAAACUUCGCUCAGAAUCGUAUUUCAUUCGUAAUGAUUUAUCGUUGCGUGUAGACACGAAUGAACCAAAUCUACGUACCCUGCCGUCCAAACUAUCCACCUAUAACGGUAGCAUAGCAGGUACCUAAUAGUUGCAGUGUUUCUUAGUUUAAAAAUAGUUUGGAAAAAAAAACAACACUGUGCCCUCGAAAAUAUUCUCCUCUUUAAACGCAGUUACUUAUUUUAUGUAAUUUUGCUAGGUUGUCCGUUAGUUGGAUCGAGACAAUAAAUACGCGUAUUGCAUUAAUAAGAGAACGUACGUGACACCACCCUGCAAUUCAAUUGUAAAAACUCUUUUGCGUGGGACAAUACUUAUCUAUUUUCUGAUCGUAUUUAUUGUAAAGUAAUCGAAAUUUCGAAAUGUUUUGAGGAGAACUUUGUCUGUGUCGUAGUGCGCUUAUUAUUAUUAUUUUUUUUUUUAAUAGCACUACUCAAUGUUUUUUAAUAAAUAACUGAAAAAACACAAUAUAAAUAAAAACCCCUCAGUUUACAGAUUCCUAUUAAUUUAGAUGUUGUAUUCCGUAAAGACGGUAAGGGUCCUGCGCGAAACGGUUUACCCGUACACAUUUAUUGGUUAUAAUGAUUUUCCAAAAAAAAAUAAAAAAAAAAAAAAAUACUUAUGAUAACGACACAGAAGCAGAACUAUAAUACUAUAAAUUAUAUGUAUUUCAAAGGGAAUCGGAAUAAUUCCGAGUUGAUAAAUAUUCAUUUUUCUUUUAUAAAACUCGCAAACCCCUUACAGAAAACGGGCGGCAUCGCGUUCUCUUAAUAAUGACAAUAUAGUAUUUAUUUUUAUUUUACAAGUGCGAAGCAAAUAAUUUAAUACACGUAUUAUAAAAAAAAUAUCUAAUGUUUCAUAGCCACGUGCCGUAUAAAAUACUAAUAAUAAUAAUGUUAAGACGUGUUCUGAAAAAUCAAAUAAAAACCGUAUAUUAUAUGCGCGUGUUAAUCGUUGUAAUUAAUCGAUUAUUAUACGUAGAAACAAAAAAAUAGACGGCUGUAGGUUUUUGAAAAACGCUUGUGCGAUGUGCUAUGGUGGAAUAUAAAUUGUAGGAACCCGGAAACGAUAUGUGCCCGUUAAAAAAGGGGGAAAAAAUAGACAUAAGCGGACAACAAAUUAUACGGCGCAGACGAAAAAAAACAUAAAAAAAAAACGGUUUACACGUUUCCCGCUAGAAAUCUCAUGGAAAACACAAAAUGAUUGCAGUACAUGAAUCGAACUGCAAACGAACGCACCGUAUAAUAUUAUAGGCAUAAACGAAGCGGUAUCACGAACUUCCGGGUACGAAAUGAAAUGAGGUAAAAAAAAAAAUAUUUUUUUUUUUUUUUUAAACCAAUGAAUUCGAGAUUUUAAGGAAGAUAUUUUAACUCGUAAAUUUUUUUAAAACCAGGCGUAUAGUGAGACCAACGAUGCAGUUUUACAGGACGAUCGAAGCUUAUAUUAUUUCAAACGAUUUAAAUACUGUUAACAUAUUAUAAUUAACGUAUUUUGCAAUAGUAAUGUUUUUUACAUAUAUAUAUUUUCUUCAUAACGCAACUAUUAUUGUCAUGCAUGUUAAUGGCUGAGAUAAGUUACGUAACAACAUAACGUAUGAAACCUUGUAUCAACAAGGUUUUAAUACUAGUGGUUUUAUCAUUUUUGUGAUUUACAGUGUGACCUCGAGUCUAACAAAAGAAAACACUCGUUUUAUCGAUAUCGACAGUAAUUUCAUUUUGUCAAUUUUCGAGUUACGAGAAAAGAUAAGAGACGAUACUAUAUGAGUUUGCGGGUAAAAUCCCGACAGUGCCAAAAUCUCGACCUUAGCUGAUCAUUACACGUCGAAUUCGUUUGUUAAAACGGAGUAAAGUGCUGGCUAGUUGUGCCUUUUUAAAUAGUAAAGUCGUUAUACAUGUAAGUGUGUUUUUAUAUAAAGGUAGAUACGAAAAUUUAAAACGUGUAUUUUGAAAAAAAAAAAAAAAUGUCAUUUUUACCGUGAUUUAGACCCUGUCGGGAUUGGUUCCGGGGUACCCGUAUGAGUCUGAACGUUGGAGGGUAUCGAACAAAAGAGAUAACAUCCGUGGGGAAGUAUAGCUGCGCGUUUUAAUUUGCAAAUUUUAAUUAAUUACAUUGAUGAACGAGGAAAUCGCGGGUGGCCUACGAGAAAAUCCAAUAACGUCAGACAACAGUGGGCGAAUCGAAUGUAUAAUAGAUUCAUACCAAAAUAUGUGUUGUACAUGUGUGCGUAUAAAAUAGUUCGCCGAAAGGAUAUUAUACAAUACGAGUGCAAUGGCAUAUACGCAUAACGUGUGUACCUAGUGGCGAUUGGAAAACCGAACGGGGCCGCGGGACGGGAAGAAAAGCCGCUUACCGGUUCGGAGCUUUGAACGCCGGAAAAACUUCGGGUCGCGCAGACACAAAGGUCGCGCCACGAGAAACGCCGCGGGGCACGGCGGAUGUGCAGUGGACAUUGUAUUAUUAUUCUCGGGAAUAUAAUAUGUAAUAACGAGCAUUGUGUUUUAUAUCGUCGACAGACGGAAUACGCUCGUUUCGUUCGUUUUUCCGUGUGCUUUGUAUUGUUGUUCGUGCACGGUGCAAUCGUAAUAUUAUCAUCCAAACGUGGUCAACGCCGUUUUCAGCAAAUAUCCGAUUGUAACAACAGUUAGUCAAUAACAAGUGUGCAGUAUUUUUGAAUCGCGCGCGGUAAAAUAAUAUUAACCCGAUCGUUUUUUUUUUUUUUUUGUAAAUUCUGAACAAAGCGUACUAUAUAUCGUAUAGUUUUACAGGCGUAUGACAUAUAUAUAAUUUUUUUUGUCUACACGCGAACGACAGUUAAAAAACCGGCAGUUUUACGCCGAUCAUCGGCCUAUGGGGCGGUUAAGCCGGCGCGGUGUAGCAAAUUAUGUGGUCGUUAAUUUUUUAUUUCGUUCGUUCAUACAGCGUUGCUUAAAAAAAAAAAAAAAAUCCAACAUAACUGCAUACAUACUCAAUUGGUUUAAUAUUUCUGUGAGCUUUAGUAACAAUUUUCUAUAUUACACAAAAGGAAGUGUUUGUUUUUUGACUGCGCGAAAUUGUCAACCGAAUUUAUACUCCGUUGCAAGGCCGACCGAGCGAUCGAUCGACCGGACGAUUUCAACGCCUGCAAUCUCCCCUUGUUGAAAUAUUUUUUUACACAAUUCUCGAUAAUUUUUAUGUUAAUUAAUUAUUAUUUUGCACAUUCAGAUUGUCAAGUGAUACAGUACAACAGUGUUAACAUACUGGCGAUUUUAUUUCUGGUAUAUUUUUGAUUUAUACUAUUUUGUUGGUCUUAAUAAAAAUGUGACGAAAAACAUUAUUCAACUACUAUACAUUUUAGUACCUAUUAUUAUUUGUGCACGUACGUUUGUUCUUAAUAUCAUUUUGCGUAAUUAAUAGCUAUACAUAUUUGUUAAGAAAAUCGAUCUUCAAAGGAAACACACAUAUAUUCUCUAUAGAUUUCCCGCCCCCGUUCUACAACACGCGGAAGUCUGAAAUAAAGGUUCGUACAGAAACGAACGAAUAGAUCCGUGUGUAUACAGAUCGAAGGCAGAUUUCCGUGACAUAAUCGCCAAAGGGCUCACACAGACUUUUACUUUGUAGUUCAUACAGGAUUUAUGGUUUUUUUUUUUUUUUUUUUACCAAAAUUGGAUUGUUUUUAUUGAUUAUGGGUUACACACAACAACUAUCCACUAUUAGUAGAUUUAGAUUUUACGCAUACUUGAAAGUACCCUUAUUAAAAAAACUGUCCACGUGGAUGGAAACUAAGAGUCACGGGGAGAUGCGUUUUUAUAUUUUUGUUUCGUUCAACGAUGUGCACGUACAAAACCGCAAGGGACAACGAUGAUAGCGCGUAAAAACCUGCGGGAAUGUGCAAAUCUGGAAUCCGAGAUUUUUAAGAAUAUCGAAAUCUGAACCGUACAAAUUUGGAAAGAACAAUGUUUGGAUAUUAUAGCUUUCCGACGUACAAAACUGUCGAUAAAAUCGAUAAUAUUAUGAUUUCGUUGAAAAUUUUACUUUUCAGAUUAAUUGUACGUUUCAGUGCAGAUUUACAGGGCAGAUUUCGGUGUUUUCCGUUGAAACCCGGAUUUGUACGUUACGGAUUUUUUCACCAAUGUAGGUACCCCAUAUCAAAAUAUUUUUAGUGCGCGCAUUUAGUUUUAAAUUAAUUUCGCGGUGUGUCCGUGUGACACUGUAACUGCAAUCGUAAUAUUAUUACCGCCGUCGCUAAUCAUCAGCAUAACACUAUAGUGUUUAUAUCGCGUAUCUAUAAUAUCCCGGGCGCGGUCGGUAAUCAUAAUCCGUCGCCACCAGCAUAAUAUUAUACUCGCGUCACAGCCGCGUUCGUAUAUAACCGCGUGCCCGCGUAGCGACGGCGUUCACGCAACAUAAUAACAUUACAACAUCGCCGUGGUUGCCGGGAACGGCGAAAUAAUUGAAAUUUUAAAUAACUAAGUUCCGGACAGUUACCUGAACAUCUCGACGAAUAACAAUGUAGCCGAGUCAAGACUUACCGCUCGGUGCACGCGUGCGUGGAACAGACAGCCGCGGUGGAGUACAGGGUGAUCAACAUCGUUCGUUAUUCCGGAAAGUACAUGAAUUUGUUUUAGAAUUGUUUUUUUUUUUUUUUUUUUUUUUUUAAAAACAAUUCGAGGUUUGCCGCCGUUUUGUGAUUAACGGCGGAGUGUAGUGGAACAUCGUGAUUGUGCGGCGGCACGGCGAGCGGCGUUUAAACACUAUACCGUUGCCCUCCCCGUACCUAUUACAAGGGGCGAGUUCGAAAGUAGAAUAUUUCGCCAACGGGUUGAUGGAAAUUAAAAAUGUCAACACCGAAUUUUGACGAAAAUCGUAAAAAUUACGCAUUUCAAAACAUGUACAACAGAAUUCCGCUCAGCAUUGUAUUUUGUUAGCGACUCGAGUUAGAACUCAACGUUACGUACAGAUAUAAAUUCAAUAGUUAUACAGCCUAUCUUUAUAACAUUUUUAGAUUCUGAACGUAGCGGGGGAUCUAUUGGUUUUACUACGACGUGUACUUUUUUUUUUUUUUUUUUUUUUUUUUUUUUUGUUUUUUUUUUUUUGUAUUUGUAAAUAAUUUUUCUAACGGAAAUAUGACUCCUCUAUGUAAAGUGUAGUACAUUUUUUUGUCUAGUUUGUGCAUUGGGAAAGCCAUUUUUUGAUUUUACAAGAUGAAAUAGUUGCGAAAAACCGGAAAUAAAAUUAUAGGUAAAACGGCAAAUAUAUAUUUACGUCAUGGCGUUACAAAUGUCAUUGUUUUUAAUUUGUACAAACUGUUUUCUACCAGAAAUAUUGGUCCAAUCAAAAAAUAACAAGAGAUCGAUUUUGUUUCAUUUAAUAUAUAACCACAGUUUUUAUGAUAGUUAGGGAGAACCACAAAAGACAAAAAAUACUAUUUUUCAAAUUACCGCGCAAUCAUUUCAUUAUUUACGGGGACGUUAUUUACGGUGUUUACAUAUUUAAAUAAUAAAAUAAAUAAAUAAUUAAAAAUAUUUAAUAUGAUAAUUUCAUAACGGAAAUUUUCGUCCGAAUUCCAAGAAUAGCAAAUUUUAUGAAGAAAAUUGUAUCUAGUUUAUGAAUAAAUAGCCGUUGCUUGAUUUUCCGUAUAGUUUUUCUAAUUAUUACACCAAACCGGAAAAAAACGUAGGAAAUAUGACAAAGUUUACGGCAUUUGGGUUAUUUGUUGUUAUUAAAAAAUACAAACAUUAGAAAUUUGUAAAUAUGGUCAAAUUUUCAAAACAUGUUAUCAAUUUUUGGACUAUUUAUUAUUUGAUAUAUUCGUUAUUAUAAUUGUAUGGUUUAAUAUAAAUGCUUGGAAAUAACACAAGGUAAAUUAUAUGUUUUACUUGGUGGUUAUAAAAAUAAAUUUAAGCUUAAUCAUUGUUUUUUUUUUUUUUUUUUUCUAAUUGGUUUAUAAUUUUGUACAAAUAUAAAUUGAAUAAAAUUAUGUAUCCUACCUACCCGAUUCCCCACUUACAACAAUGGCGGCAUCCAUUCUCAAUAUUAGCUUUUACAUUAUUAUCCGUAUGUUUUCAGCCGGGUUCAUGGCGUACGUUGAGAAGGACGCCAAAGAGCGGUCCGAGAAGAAAAAACAAGAAAUAAAACGUUCAGAUUAUUUCAAAAUAAUGGGCAACAGCGAAUACCGCAAAGGCCACUUCGAAAAAGCACUUAUAUAUUAUAAUCAAGUAAGCGGAUUAUUAUUUCCUGUUUUCUUUUUAAGUGAAACUACGGUUUUUUAUUCGUCUUUUUUUUUUUUGCAAUAUUCGCGACCAAUUUCUAUAUACCACUUAAAUACUUUGCUUUUCGUGUUGCGUUUAAAUAUGUAUAAUAAUAAUAUUUUGUAUAUUGAAUUUCGACAUUCAGUUUAGACAUUAGGUACGUGUAUUAUGUAUUCGUGAUAAAAAUAUUAUGGUAUGGUAUUAUGACCCAGAAACGGGAAGCCGUUGUAUAUACUGUGAUAAUAUAUGAGAAAAAGUGUCCAAAGUUUUUUUAGAAUAAUGUUUUUUUUUGUCGCGAUUCUUUUCGGGCGUAUAGAAUUAUAUUUGACAAAAAAAAAAAAAAUCUUUACUUCCGCGUCUCAGCGGUCCGACGAGAUUUUCGGUCCGAAAAUAACACUUUCUAAAUAUUAAUAAAUAUCAGUGAUUAAAAAAUAAGUAGACGGAGUUCCUCUUCUUAUUUAAAAUAAAAUUAUCGCUUUUAGUAUAAAUGUUCAAAGUCCGGGGGGACGUUUUAGUCACCGAGACAUUUUUAAUGCAAUUUUAGAAACUCAAAAUUAAUUUUAUUAAAAAAAAAAAAACUCUUCUAUACCUAUUGCAUUAUACGUAAUCGGGCAGUGUUUUUCUUUUAUUUUACUGAACAGCCAUGUUUGUAGGAUAAUAUUUGAGAUUAGGAGGGGUGCAGUUGAUUUUUAAACCAUUACAUUUUUAUGAACAAGUGCGGGUGAAGGUACAACAGAAUUUUGGAAUUCUUAUCUCUAUAAUGGGUUUUCUGAAAUUUUGGUCAGCUUUUGAUAACGCCCCUCAAUUUUCGAUAAUAACAGUCCGGAGUUUUACUGACUUUGACCGCCAAACAACGUGUAUAUCGCGUUUUAACGACGGAGUGGUAUACACAAGAGGGUUUUAGUCUCUUUUCCGCCCGUCGGCCGUGUUUAAGAAAAAAAUAAAUAAAUUAAUCAGCGUUGCAAAUUUAGCAAUUAAUAUAGUAAAAUAACAGGUAAAUAUUUGGGGAGGAGGGGUAAAUGAAAUACAAAAAUUACAAAAAAGUCAAGGAGGAUUGUUGUUUUUCGCAUCGCGGAAUCGUCAAUACUUGCACUAUAAUAUAAUAUAAGGUACGUGCAAUUUUUUCCGUGCGUUACAUUUGAAGGUUUCCGUUUUACAGUAGCCGUACUAGGUACCUAUCAGCUACAUCGAAUAAUUAUUUUACUCGAGAAAUACACGCAUUACAUUCAUACAAUAUUACAAUAUUAUAACGUUUGAUUAGAAAAUACGAUAUAAUAGCCGGGUACCUAUAAACCUUACAUCGCAUUACAAUAUUUCAACGUUCAAAGUGACCUCCUGAUAUAAUCAUCGUCGAUCAUAAUAAUAAUAUAUUACCGUUGGUUGUGUACGCAAUUAAAAUCGAUUACUAUAUUUAAAUGUUUCCGAUCAACAAUAGACAGAUCUGAAAAUAAAUGUUUUUUUUUUUUUUUUUAAAAACAACGCGGUCGAAUUCACGUCUGCCUUCCUUAAUAUUAUCACGGACUCGUCGCGAAAUAGAAACCAAGACGCGCGUGUAAUAUUAUCGUCAUAACAGAUAGGACGUCGAUGAUUUUUCCAUUUUUUUUUUUUUCUUUUAUCCUAUACUACAUACAACAGCUACCUUAUCUAAAAUUUCGUUUCGCAUAGAUUCAAAAUAUUAUACAUUUUAUUUUACAUUUCUAGCUAUAAAUGCAUUUUUUUUUUUAAUAUUUUUAUGUACCUUUUUUUUUUGUAAUAUAAUAAGUUAUUUUUAUUUAGAUUGUAGGCCGUUUUUCUAAAAUUUUAUAAUUCAAAAAAGGUUUGUACAUUUUUGGAAAUAUUUUUUUGAUUAUUAGUGGAGGGUUUUUUCGUGAUUAAAUCUACAGAGUGCAGGUGCUGGUAUAUCCAGUGUUGAAUUCUUGAAUCCUGACAAUUUUUCUGUGAGUGGGGGGAGGGCACUAACUAUUAUAGUAAUGAUCUUUUGCUUAUCUACCCUCUUAAUCAAAUUUGUUUUAUUUUAUAAUUAAUUUAUCCACAUUUAACACGGGGACGAACGAAAUUCCAGGGGGUGCUAUCGCCCUCCUGUCAUAUACGUGGAUUCAACACUGAGUAUAUCCUACAACAAAAGCUUUUACAGACAACACCCAUAAAAACGCUUAUUGGAUAUUUUAUUUACAAAUUGUAUCGUGCCUAUAAAUCAGAUGUAAUAAACAUGAUUAAAUUGAAAUUGAAAAGGAAACUAAAGUCAGUAGGUUUACAAGUAAAUCUACAUUUUUAACGUUCCUAAAGCGAAAUCGUUCGAUUAUGGGUUUUUAAAAAUUAAGCCGAAAAUUAUUUUUUUUCUGGUAACUGUGAAAUUGUAUUUUCUUUUUUUAGUUUUUAAGUCUUCCAAGCAUUUGUUUUGGUAAUUAUUCGAGUACAGUGCGAUAAUAUGUUAUAAUAAAUACAACCAUUCGCACCGAUAUCAAACAAAUAUGGUAAAAUUACGCAUCCGACGAAUAUUAUAGUAAAAAUUGUUAUUUCGUAAAAAAAAAAAACUCGUUUAUUUUCUUGAAAUAAAAAUUUAAAUAAUAAUAAUAUUAUAUAGUAUUAUAACAUGUUAUGUGCCAAAAGAAGAUACGUCAUCUUACAACAAAGGUACCUAUAUAGUAUAUAAUGAAUUUUUAGAAACCGUCGUCGUAUGGUACCAGCUAUAUAUUCAUAAUGAAACGGAGGAACGGGUAUAAAUACGAAUAAAAGAAUGAAUAGUAUACAAAUAUCGUUUGUAUGACGUCAGAAAAUGGAUCAAAAAUCAUAUUCGCGAGUCGUCUAUAAUAUAUUAUAUUAAAGGUUUCUUCACCUUUUUUUCAUUCCCCUCCCGCCACUAAAUACAAUUCUAUUGAAAUCCUUCGUGUUUUAACCUCCCGAAUAUUAUGACUAUAUUUAUAUAUAUUUUUUUUUAUAGAUUAACACUGUCUGGUUUUCAGCUGCUAUUGUUAUAAAGAUAUAUUUCUGGCCCAAACGUGGAUUCGGUUUUUUUUUUCUUUUUUCUGAAAAAGUUCCUUUCUUUCUUCGAAAUAAAAAAAAAACCCCACAGAUCUCGCAUCUUAUCACAAUGCGCGUAGAUCAUACAUUAUAUACGAGACCUACACGCGUUACUGGUUUUUAAAUAAAUCGCAGUGUCUGCAGUACUGCAGUAGGUGGUAUUAUUAGUACCUAUGCGUUUUCUCGCAACGAAAAAUAAUACACCUAUUUAUAUACACGAAACGGACUUAUAAUUUAUACCCGGUUACUGCCCGAACGUCAGCUCAUAAUAAGAAACACGCGUACAACUUAUGUAACACAAUUUCUACAUGCAUAUACGGUUUUACUGUGUAAGAAGUCGAACGCUUAUUUUCGAUCCAAUUAAAUAUAAUUUAAUACAUCGCGAAGUACUUGGAGCGAAGAAAGUUACUGAUAUACGCCGCCGCCUCAUCGCUCUACAAUUUAGUUAACAAGUUGCGAUACGAUAGCUCGCUAUCAAUAAGACGUGCAGUAUAAUAUAAUAGACGAACAAAUAAAUGUUUCUAUUUUUUUUUUCUUUAUUUUUUUUUUUCAUUUUUUGUCGGCAAUCGUCCGAAUCGCUUCGCCCGAAAACGUAUAUUUCUUCUUCUUUUUCCCUAGGCGAACCUGCUCUCUAGUAAAAACAUUCAGAUUUUUUAAUGCCAUACUGAAAACGAUACGGAUUUUUCGUCUAGAGAUACUUUAUUUGAUCAUUUUUUCGACAUUUCCAAUCAUUUUUCUUAACAUUUUUAAUGGGUUUUUUUUUCUCAACAAUGCUAAGAUUUUAUUCAGUGGUGCUAGUAAUUUAUUUGAAACAUUUAUCGAAGUUUUCGGAAGUUCUCCCCUAGGUUCUUUUAUUGUUGUUUGAUUUUUGCUGAUUUCUGGGUUAGGCAUCUUAUUAUUAGCUACAUGGAGAAAUAACACGACUAAUACUACUCCGCUUAGAAUUUUUUUUGCGUUUGCAAUGAUUUAUGCUUGCAUAAAAUACAUCAAUUAAAUUACUCUUUGUAUCCUAUCUUCCUAACCUAACCUACAAUAACGGCUUAUUUUUUUUUUAUUUUAUCAAAUAAAACGUUUUCACUUGUUGGCCAUAGAUUAACAUUUUUCUAUGAUUUUUAUUCUAAAGUCAAAACUUCGUACUGAUAUGAUAUAAAAUAGUUCAAGCUUAUUGAACAAGAACUAUUAAUUAGCAUCACAAAUUAACUAUGAUGUUAUAAUAGAUUAAUUCAAAAUUGAAAUUGUGUUAGGUACAUACUCGUGCUACGUAUGUAUACAUUUGCUAUUGUAUUGAUAUUACUUAAUUAUUAGAUAUAAUUUUACUAUUUCAAUACUUUACAUAAUAUAGUAUUUAUUAUUGCAAAACUAGUCUGUUUUUCCCUUUAUGGGAGGAGUGUGGAUAACUUAAAAGUCCCUUUUUACACAGUUUAAUUUGCCGCCUUAAAAUUUUGGCAACGCCUAUGGUUUUCACAGUGUCAAAUUAUGAUUACCAAUUUCAAUUUCAUUCCAAUCGCCCAUGUCCAAUGCCACCGGAUCCUCUACAACUCCAUCUCUUCCUGGGUCGGCCAAAUGGUCGUUAACCUCGAGGUUUCCAUUUGAAAACGGCUCUUAGUGAUCGUUUUAUUUACAUCUUAAAAUAUGGCCUAACCAACUACUACCAAAAACCUUUUGACGACUUUUGGAAAUUGACUGUUUUUGAAAAAUCGAUUGGCGUGGAGUUAUUUUUUACAUUCAGUAAUCGCUGGAAUCGCCCCGACCGGAAACGUAUACUGCAGUAUAUUAAACUAAUCAACAGCCGCGCUCGCUAUAUUACAAUAUUGUUAUGUACAUUGUAUACCUAUACUACACACUUGUAUUAUUAUUAGAUUAAAUAAUUUAUUAGGGUAAUAUUACGCUAAAAACCGCAGUGAUACACGUCUAUUUUUAUAAUAAUUAUAUAUACACACACACACAAAGUAAAUUUUAGAAAAAUAUGUGUAAAAACUAAAUCCAGGCGCACAGCCAAGAUGCCGUGUUAUUAUAACGUGCAGUGUAGUGUAGCUUGAAACGCGAGGAAACGCGUAAUGCUCGCUUAAAAUCAUCGGAACGACAAAUAACCGAUUCAUAGAAAGCAAGGCUGAACAGAUUUAAAAAGUUAAAAGUUAAGUUGAUUUUAACAUUUAGCGUUUAACUUUUAAUUCGACUUAACAUUAACUUAAUACAUGACGAGAUACUUUUGAAUCAUAUCACGUUAAAUAAUUCGAAUGUAUUUUAAUUUUAAGUUUUAACACAGCAUUAUAUUUAUACUAUCGCGUGUAACUAAUAACCCUUUAAUUUAAAAUUAUUUGUCUUGUUCCGAUUUUUGAUUUAGAGGAGGACAAAAAUUUUACUCCAUUUGAGAUGCUUAGCACUAAUAAUUCUUAUUUUGAAAACAUAUUAAAAUCUAUAUUUAAUCAUUUUCAUAAAAAAAAAAAAAAAAAAACAUUGACAUUUUCUUAAUAAAUAAAACAAUCAACUUAUAAUACGUUAAUUUGAAAAAAAAAUGAAGGUGUUAGUUAACUUUUUUCAAGUUUAACUGAACUAAGUUGUUAGUAAUCAAUAACUUUCCCAGAAAGUUAAAAAAAAAAAACUUACUAAACUCCAUUGAAGUCGGAUAUUAUAUUAUAUUUUUCUUUAAGCCGAUAAUAAAUGAUCUAUCUAAUAAUAAAAGACCAAUAUACCCAAUCAUAUUCUGUUAGUUAACAACAGUCUCUAGAAACUACUACUUAUCACACUAUAAUUUCACGUUCAAAAUUAAAACGAUAAGACAAUAGCGCCGUUAUAGGUAUAUGAGGACAUUCAGCGUUCAUACGGCUGCAAUAGAAAAUUAUUAUUAUUAUUUCCACCGGGCGUGCUUACAAUGAAAAAAUCGUGGGAGCAGGGAGAUACGAGUUCGAUUCGGGUACGCGUUUUAGAAAGUCGUGUUUAGAAUGUUGUAUAUUAUGUUGUUAUGUACUUAAGAAAAUGUGCAGUAUAACUCGAAAAGAAGGCUACCAAUCUUCACCAUCGACACCGCGCAAGUAUCGCCGAACGCCAUAUGUUGUAUUAUUAUUAAUCCGUUCACGGUUCAGUAACGAUUAUUAUUCUUAAAUUCAACACGUGUGAUGAUACGAUAUUUCAUACUUUAGUAUCAUAUAUAUAUAUAUAUAUAUAAAUUUUUUUUUUUUCUAUUACUUUACCAAUUGCGAUAAAUUCGCAUUAGCUACACAAUAUAAGUGUGACGGGUGCGUCGUGAAAUAGAAAAUCAUAUUAUACAAUCGUUAAAUAGGUGCACGGAUAGAUAUACAAAAAAAAAAAAAAACAAGUAAAAUUUAAAUAAACGGUGUAUAAAAUCUCGGUAAACAUAAUUAUUUGUAUUCUUGAUAUUGUUAUGAAGAUUUAAAUAACUUUUCGCGGAUAGCGCUAUGGAAAUAUAUCCAAGUCUGAAUAUUAUAAUACGUCAAUUAAAUUAUUUAAUAGCACGGGUCUCCAUAAAACUUGUUUCAUUGCUAAUUUCUAUUUUUUUUUUUUUUUUUUACCGAAAAAUAAUCAAAAACCACUAACGUGCCGACGCAAAUUAUCGUUUCCGGGACGAAUUCCUCAUUAGUUAGGCAAUAACUGUUUUCUUUGCACAAGUCCUACAUAAUUAUUCGAAAAUGAAAUCGCUGACAUUUUUUUUUUCUUGUCUACGCCCGCUACCGGUGAUUUUAAAAUUGCUUUUAAUCUCCUACUGGCAUGUAUUGUUAUAUUUCUGUAUACUAUUAUUAUACCUUUACUAAAAAUAUAUUGUUUUUGUAAUAUUUUAAAAAUACUUAAACGGAUUUAGCAAUUUCAUAAAUCUCACAACCUCCUAUACAUAUGCCUCUAUUACCAAGUAUGAAUUGUUAAUUAAUAAUUAAUUAAUUAACUAUUAGCUAAACUAAUUGUUAAUAAAUCUUAAUCGGUAAUCGUAUAUUUGAAACCGCGUUCGAUAACUAUAUUUGUCGAAUGGUAUUAUAAUUGAUUACUAUAAUAACAUUAUCUAAUAACAUUGUAUAUUUGUUAUAUUUGUUCAUCUCCGAUAGAUUGUACAAUAUCGACCACAAUAAUAUUAUUCAAACAUUAAUUAAAAUAGCUUAUAAUCACUUAAGUACUAAUGUUUGUCAAAUGAAAUCGAUAGAUGUAAUAUUGUUAAUGUCUUGUAUACAAAUCUAUAGGCAUUCGACAUUUUAGUAAGCUCGUAAAUCCGAAUUUAAUUUCGGAUGAGAUUAUGACACUUUGACAUUAAAACGUUUUCAUUGCCAAAAACGAUCGUAAAAGUAUAAAUAAUUACAUACGAAUUUGUUGACUUUCGAUAUUAAACGCGUAUAAUAUUACAUAUAAGAAGAACACUAAAAACUGCAGUACCAGGCGUGCCAAUAAUUACUGACUUCAUGAUAUUUAACCCAGAGGGGGAGGUGUGCAAUUUGCAUUAGUGAAGUUGUACCGCCUUGGUAAAAUAUUAGUGGGUCAAUAAUCAUAAGUCACAAAUUUUACCUUUUGGUCGAAUGUUUCAGUGACAUUUUACUACCCUCCCUUCACCAGACAAAUUUCACUAAUAAAUAUUUACCCCCGAUAACAUUUUUCUAGUGAAUUUUUACUCCCUGAUAGUUUUACCGAACGGGUAUAAUAUUUCUCUAGUUAAAUUUGAACGGGAAAGUCGAUUUUUGCGGUUACGUCGGAAUAAUAAAUUACGUCAGCGCAUAUAAAUCAUAAAAAAAAUAACACGCAAAAAAAUAUAGAGAGUACAAUAACAGUAAGUCGUUCAAUAUUAUAUGAAUAUAUUAAUACACGCGUAGAUAGCGGAAUCGUAAUCCGCAAAGGUCGUAGAUAUUUAAAUUUAUAACAAACAUCUAUAUAUUGGACUGAUUGACUAGCGGAGACCUUUGAUGCAGCUCCGUUAUAAUAAUAUUAUUUGUUAGUUCACCGUGAACAGUCGUAUGUCACAAUAAUAAAUCUAAAAAAUACUUUAACAUUUCUUAAAUCCACAAAAUUAAACGAGAAACUGUUAGAUUGCUGUAAAUACAAUAGCCAAUAGUGUAAUAGUAUUUCGAAAUAAUACAAUUUUAUUAAACUGAAUUUAAACAAUCGGUGCUUCAUAGUUCACUGUACACUAUACCACUGUAAACUAAAACAAACAAAUUAAUUUGAUCAGGUGAUAAGUGUUUUUUUUUUCAUUUUAUAUUUUAAAUGCACAAAUGUAUUUUUAAUCCAUAGAAAUCCAAAAUUUUACGAAGUCAGCUAAAAUUCUUGUUGUUUUAUCUUCAGUGUAGCGAUUAAUGGGAUGCUGAGGAGGCAUUUUUACAUCAGUUUUAUUUUGAACAUUUUGUUUACAAUUAUCUAAACAAUAUAACAAUUAACCGUAUGGACUUGUUGGCACAAUAUAAAAUGACGAGAAAUUAAAUUCGUUGAACGAACAGUCGGUUAUUUACAUAAACAAACGAUAUUUCGUAAUGCGUUACCUUUAAACUUCAUCUGUCCUUGGCAACACUUUAAGGGCCUCAACGCCCUUCAAAUAGUAUAAAAUAUGUAGGGACAAAAAUGUCGUUUGGGCCCUUUUGCCCAAGAUUUUUCGCCCUUCUGAAAACGUAAAAAAAGUUGUUUAAUGAUUUUUCGAAUUGCAACACUGUUGUGAUAAUGGUGCGAAUUAUUAUUUUUCAACAUUUCAAAUUUAAAAAAUCAUAAUAUAAUUUCGUUUCGGAUGUACUUUAAAAUUUACAUUUUACACGAAUUUCCGAUUUAUUCAAAUGGAUAUUAUUAUAUUGAUUGGUCUGUUUAAUAUUUUAAAGAACGCCAACGAAUCAUUAAGUAUUUAUUUAUAAAUCCCAAACGUGGUCUACUAGUAUACGCGUCUUUCCAUCGAGGUAUUUUCACCGCCACAUUACUCGUAGAUCUAAUUUACCUUCCGUUGCCGAACUAUAAUUGUUCGCAUUCUCCGCGCUAUAUACAGGAUGAUUUCGAGAUGGCAACAUUGCCUUAUCAUAGUUCAACGUAAAUACGGAGUGAUUUUUUUCCUGAUCACGAUCCAACGAUUGUUCACGGAAAUUCGGUUUUUUUUUUUUUUUUGUCAUACACAAUUUUUAAAUAAUCUUAUUAACGAUAGGUAUUUGUUUGAAAUGUUAACUUUCCGUACACUAAACCGACAGAGUAGUUAAAAAGGUUCUCGUCUAAAAUAAUGGAUAAUAUGAAAUGUAUUACUCUUCCGGUCUACUCUUUAAACUGUUAUUAUAGUCUCAUCAACGGUAUAACCGUACGUUAUGUGUGUUGAAAUCUUGAGAAAAAUAUAAAUUGUUCCAACGUACUUUAAAAAGAGCGGUUCCCGUUUAAAUACCAAACGUAUAAGGCAGUGAUUCUCAACCGGGGUGAUAUAUCACCCUGGGGCUUGCGAUGACGUGGGCUCAGAGUAGAAGUGACACGAAAUCAUCAGGAAAAAGAAAAAAGAAAAGAGAUUUUUUUGGGAUAAUAUCGUAUUAUUGCCGUCACCGUUAUCUAUCCACUAACGUCCAAACAUCAUAAUAUUCCCUCUCCAUCAUUUACUUUUCAACGAUACCGCUGCUAGAAUUUUUAAUUUAAAUGGAUUAUGCAUUGGUAAGGCGAUUCAAUGUUGGAUUAUUGUGGAUAAGUGUGACAUGAAUCAAUAAAGGUCGAGAACCAUUGACAUAAGAUAUAGAGAUAAUUUAUUAAAAAAAAAAACAAAACAAAACAGAAAUCGAAUUUAUUUAAAAUUAUCAGAGUUGGAUCGUGAUGAACGAUACCAACCCUGUAUACGUCAUGAUAUAACGCAUACAUUUACUUCUUAUGAAUUUUCUUAGGGGAACUGUCUUGUCGCCGAAUUCGCGGGGGAUAUGUUUGUAAGCAUAAUAAUAUUGUUAUCAUAUUUUCGUCGUCUAUUUGAAUUUUACGCAUUUCAUAAGGAAAAAAAAAUUAGUACCCAGUGAUUCCAUAAUCGUGAACGAGUUCAAUAAACUGUGUAAACUCACAUGUUUUCUUCAAUAAAAAUUGCACGUGUGUAAUGUUUAUAAAUGCGUUGUAUAACUAUGCGUGGUAUGCACUAAAAUAUAUACAUAAACAAAAACCGGUAAGAACUACGAUGUAGUAAAAAUAAAAAAUAAAAUAGUAAACUUCUACUUGUUAUCGAUAAUACGACGAAAAUAAAUCAUAAAUAAUAAUUACUGUUGCUGUUGUUGUUGUUAUUGUAUGCAAGACUUAUGAAUGAUAUUUUAAUCGGAAAAUUCAAAAGCUAAAUGAGAUUAUCGCGUUUUACGCGCGUAUUAAUGCCAUCGCACGUUUAUCGAUUAUAAAUCAAUAUUGGUAAGGUGACAUUUUGAUCCGGUGGAUCAAUAAGUUCCGGAAUAAAAUUAAAUUGUCCCAUUUACGUUCGAUUCAUUUGUUUUAUUAUUAAAAAAAAAAAAAAAAUUAAGUACUGUUUAUAUGUAUAACAAAAAAUGAUAUUUUUCACAAACGAUUUUUUUUAUAGUUAAGAGCGGUUUUUCGCUGUAUUAUAAAAAAAAUAAUAACCGAGUAGCCUAAAUCAAACUAUAAAUCACGAAUAAAUACGUAUAAAUUAAACUUUACCCAUUCGGGUAUUUCGGUGAAACUUGGAUAUUAUUAUGAGUAGCAUUUUACGAGUAUAAUAAUUUUAUAGUUUUAUCUCACUUUCAGUAUGCAAUAUAUGUAUAGUUUUUUUGCUCUUGGUUUUAUCUUUAGACAAACAUAAACAUUUUAUGCAUUGAAAAUACCAAUGCCAAUGUUCUAACUAUUUUUCUUCUUUUUUAUGCGAUAUUUAUAAAUACUUAAAAUAGUUUUAAAUAUUAUUUCGGAGGAAAUACAUUAACACGCAAUUUCAAUAUGAAUUCUGUAAAAUUCAUCGGUAUAAAAAAAAAAAAUAAAAAAAAAAAACCGCAGCAUAAAAUAAUUAAUGUUCUUUUAUUGAUAAAUAUGCGUUUAAACGAAUACUAUAUAGUAUAUUAUAUUAUGUGUGUUUUUGCAUGCACCUUUUUCUUUUUUUUUCAAACGAAUAAUACCAAAAGAAAUAUCAAAUAUUGUAUUAAUUAAGAAGGCGCCACACACAUGUUUGUCGUUUCCGUUUUGGUUCGGCGCAGAACCUGAAAUUGUACACCAUUAGCUUUAAUAUCAAAACGAGUUUAUCUAUAACAUGUAAACAUUUGAUCUAAAACAAUUAUCCGUGUUUGUAUGCUUGGUAUUUUUCUCGACAUUUUAAUUUUCAAGCGAGAUUCCGCGGCAACAGAAAAAAGUGAUCUCGUUAUCGUUACGUAAACGAUUAAAACGUAAAAGACUGUUCGGAUGUUAAAAUGAAAACUGCGAUUCGUAAAUGGGAAAUUUGCCAUAUCGAAAUAAUCAAUUAAUUUCCGUUUUCGAAUAUUGGAUUUACUCAUUACUAAUAACUAGGGCAGUGAAUUGAAUAAACCUUAAAUAAACGAGUUUAAAAUGUCGAAAAAAUGCACUAAAAUGCCAACAAUUGUAGAAUAAAAUGCACAUAAAUGGUUUUUAAUUUAAUAUUUAUAUUUACAUUGUUUUUAGUAUGAUAUAUGUAUGUAAAUUUAUGUAUUAUUUGAUAAAAAAAAUGAUAUAAAUGUUAAUAGAAUUUGAUUUUUGAUUUUGAAGUUGAUUGAUUCUUUAAUAAUUCUAUUCGCCUGAAACAUUUUUUUUUUAAAUUUUUUUUUGUUUUCAUUAUUUUUUCCAAGUAUAAUAUAUAAACAUUUUCCUGAUAUUCACAUAUUCCGUGGAACACACUUUGGAAAUCGUUGCAGUCUAUGGUAUUGACGGUAUUGUACCAGUUUUAAAUAACUGUGAAUGCAAAAUAAUCCGUUAGCGCAUAAACAAAAACGUAAACGCGUCGUACACGUAAUAUUUAUAAUUUUGGACGACGUUUCACGUCAUCCAAUAAUACUUACGUAUGAUCGCGGCUUAAUAAUUAUUAGAAUCUAGAAGGUAUUAAUCUAAUAAUAGUAUGACAAAAAAUAUCAUCAUUUUUACAGUAGAAUUAACGAAGUAUACAAUAAUAUGAAUAUAUUUAUUAGGUUAAAACAUGUUCAGCAACGGAUGGGGGAGGUUUAAACACCCAAAAUCCCCCCUGGCUAAGCCACUUAUCGUAACAGUUAUUACACAUUUAUACAUUAUGCGCGUAUGUACAUUUAUGUAUUAUACAUUUAUACAGAGUGCGUCAUCGUCGUCAUCGUCGUUAUUAUUGACGAUUAUUUACAAAAAUAAUAUCGUGUAUAAGACGAAAAGUAAAGUUAAUUACGUAGUCGCGUGCAUAAACGCCGUUGACACUUUUUAUUUGUAUAGGUAGUACUUAACUAUAUUAUAACUUAUAUAAGGUCACAGUGCGGCGCUGGCCGUACGCGUUGCAACAACUCUCGCUCAACGACUUCUCGGGGGGGAGGAGUGAGGGGGAGAAAUAAUAAAAAAAAAUGAAUAAACGUAUUUUAGGUAAUUAUACCAAUUAACUAAUAUUUUAUCAUUAAAAUAUUUAUUACCUGUAAAAAAAUGUGUGUCAAUGGUAUAAACAAAUGUAUUGCGCCCGCGCGGUUACAACAGGCCGCACGCGUAGGUAGGCAACUACAAUAACAAUGAAAUAUUAUUCUAACAUUACGGAAAUAUAAUAAUUUACGAUAAUAUUUCAAAACGACGUUAUUAUUGUGGAAUAUUAAAAAUAUUACGUCUGUCUCGUUGUGCAGCUCGGGUUUGUGCCGUUCCCGCUGCACGCGCAAAAGACGAUUAAUUAAUUUUUAAUUCGAAUGUAUACGUUUCCAACGGCCGACGACGAGAGUCCGACGAUACACUGGUAUAAAAUUAAUAAAAUAACAAUAGGUAUCGCAGCUCUUGAACGAAUUAAAUUAUUUACCGCAAAACUAUUAUUAUACCUAUUUGACGAAAUCGGUUGAGCACAGACGUAAGCGUGUCGUGCGAGGGGCAUUUUUUUUUAUAGAAACAUGGCUAUCAUUAAAAGUGGGAGCGAAAUUGCUGGUUGGCAAGUUGUGCACCGGAAAAAAAAUAGUAAUAUUUAAUUGUUAUAAUAAUUAUUGCACUUUUUCUGAAAGAAAAUCUGACUGGGGUGAUAAUUUAAGGAGGUAAUUUUCUUAGCUGUUCUCAUAAUAAAUGGGAUAAACCAGGAAAAUCCGUAGGAAAAACGGGAAAAUAGGUACAAUAUUAAACAAAUAUUAUUAAAGAAAAUAUAUAAUGUUUAUGUAAUUAUUUGACUUUAAUAUGACAUAUAUAUUGUUGACAAAGCAACACUAUUGCCUGAACUCCACUCAGAAUCGUUUUUCGUUAGCAAUGAUUAAUCGUUACUUAUAGAUAUGCAUUCAAUUCCCCUUUACUACCUUACCUACCUUCCCAAAUUCUCACCUGUAACAGUGGCCCACAUACGUGCGAUAUAUGUCCGUCUUUUGUAAUUUAAUAUAUUGUACAGGUCUGUGGUCUACACCGUGAAUAUCUCAUUAAAGUUGACGAUAUUAUGUGUUAUCAAUAUUUUAUAUACGCACACAAAUCUACAAUAGGUAUCCUGUCAAUACAUCUUUGGUCCCGGAGAAGAAAUGCGGCUCGAGUCAAUUUUAUAUAGUGUUCAACACAAUUAGAUAAAAUUUUGAAAAUUGCUUUACGACAUAAACACAUACCUAUAAUGGUAUAAAAUUGCUAAAACACCUAACUUAAACGCAGGCGUUCUAAAUGGCUAAGUCAUAUUAUAACUAUAUGACUUUCUUAUGCCUAUAUUGUCAAACAAAAAGUACAUCUAGUGACUUGAGAUAUUUUAACGAUAAUAAGAUAGUAUAAUAAUAAGAUAUUUUCUACGUAAUAAUAAUAUGUGUUAAAAUUUAUACUUAGACGAAAAAAAGGGCAAGCGGGAAAUAUACAUAAGAUAAAAUUAUAAUCAAAAAAUGACCAAAUAUAUUAUGUACCGGUUUCGCCAAUUAUUAAGUAUUUUUUGAAAAAUUCAGAAGCCCCCAUGCCCCCCCCCCACUAUACCACUACUCAUCCUCUGCCAGUGAUAGCUGCUCACAGGUAAUAUUAUAAUAUUAUACAUUUUUUUUUAAAAUUGAACGGUUAAAAUAGUAAAUAUGUCACGCAAAACCAUUGCAAUUAUAUAGGAACUAUUAAAAUAAUCGAAAAUAAUUAAAAUCCGUCGACUUUCUUUUUUGCGAUGAUAAUAAUUACUAUUUGCAGGCGCACUUUUCUUUUCGUUUUUCGUCCGUGCUCCGAGGUGGGAAUAAACCCCGGUUUCGUUUAUUUUUAUAUUUUUUUAAUUUUAUUAUUAUUAUAUUUAGUUUACUGAAAUUUGAGAAUUAACGCAACCUAUUAAAAUAUGUCAGUUUUGUUUGUACCUAAAACAUUAUAACAGCGUGACGGCGAUGACAGACCGAUAAGUUUUUUGUCGGCGCGCGGUGUUGAAAUUGAAAAUUAACCAUCUUGACGGCCGACUCGAAAAAAGCCUUCAAGUCGAAACUACUUAAGCUUUUCGCACGUUACACGUGUUUACACAUAAUUAUUACCUAUACAAUUAUUUCGGGGAUUUUUUUUUUUCGUACGACUAAAUGGCAAUUAAUCGACUUGCCCCCACCUCCCCCGAAUAAUUCUACCCCGCAUCGGGUUUCGGGGUGUCGGUAGUCGGCUUUUGUAGUGACCCGUCCGAGAGGGAGGGGGCAAGGGCAUACAUUGUUUUAAAUCAAUAAUCCGCGCCGAUCGUAGUACUAUUGUUUGUUAUUCACGGACACCGUAUCGUUUUUAUUCUGUCGUUGUUUCCGGUUCAAGGCCAUCGAGGUGCGCAAAGACAGUUGUGUACUGUACACGAACCGGGCGCUGGCCAAAAUAAACUUGGGACUGUUCGACGAGGUGUUGGACGACUGCGAUCGCGCGCUGCGUGUGAACGAAAGGUCGCUGAACGCCGUCCUGUACAAGGCGGAAGCGUUGUGCGGGCUGUGCCGAACGGAGGCGGCCAAGGAGUUGUUGUCGGACGCCCUACAAGCGCAUCCCGAUCAAGAGAAACGCAUACUAGGUGUGUGGUCAUAGUUAUAACUAUCUAAAUACUAUUUUAGAUUCUGGAAUGUAUUAUCGGUUUCACAAAACUGUAGAAAAAAAAAAAAGGUACGUCUUGCUCCAAUAUUUUUCGUUAAGUGUGAAAAUACUUCAAAACUUUCACACCCGAAAAUAUGACAUAAGUGAGGGUUUAUAUAGGACACAGUUAGUUAACACGCGUAGUUCCAUCCGUAGUAAAUGGUGAGUAUAAGGUUAUGGUUUUAAUUAUCAUAUUAUCACUUAUAAAUUAUCAGUUAUCAUCUGCGAUUCGUGUAGAUAAAUAUGUUACGUUAAUAACGAAAUUCAUCAAUAUUAUUAUUAAAUUUGAAUAAUUAAAAAUUGAAGUAUAUAUAUAUAUAUAUAUAUAUAUUGAAAAAAAAUGUCGACACAUUAGAUUUAAUAUUUUAGAAAAUAUCCAGUAUUUUAGCUAAUCAAUUAAGAUUAAAUAAGUAAUAUACUAACAAAAGUAACUUUUAAAUUUAAUUCCAACUUUAUAACUAUAAUCAAUGUCGAUUAUUGGUCCACGGGAAAUACCUAGAUACCCCUCUUGAACCGUAUUUAUGGAAAUUUCAAUUCAAUGAUCAUUGAAACAAAUUGCUCAUGUAUAAAGAAUUGGGUGGAUCACCAGACUCACCAAAUGGACUCAUCUCGAAAAAAUCCUAGUUACGCCAUUGGUCUACAGUAUACUGCAGCACCAUCAGGCCUAGAUUAACGUAAGUGCAGACGCUGCACGUGCCCUUGGUAGGAGCCUUACAUGUAGAAGCCCAAGGCAUUAUUUUCCAUGUUUCCAUUUUUUCUGUAUCAAAUAAUUAAUAUUUCUAAUACAAAAAUAUAUAUAUAUAACUAGCAGUGGCUGCGAACAAGUGGUUCAAGACCAGACCACAUUUUUGGGGUGGUUGUAGGGGGGAGGAUGGUAAAUGGAUAGAAUUUUUCUCUGGUUCAUACAUAUUAUUUGGAGAAUACAAGAGUAAUAAUAUUUUACAAUUUGUUUUUUAACAAAUGAAUUAUAACAACGUACAAUAAUACAUUUAACAUAUUCGUAUUAGUCGUAAUUUUUUAGUUUUUAGUACAAAAUAGUGUAAAUUCAUGAUUUUCAAUAGCCAGACAUUUUGAUGAAUAUUAACAAAUGUUUAAGGGGAAGAGGGAUACGUUGAACAAAACGACUGCACGGUUAUUCUGCUGAUACCUAAAUAUAUGGGUAGUGGUUAGACCUACUAUGACCAUUGACCAGAACAUUUCAAAACCGAUUCGGCGCAACUAAUAACUAGUGUCAAAAUAAGUAGAAGAUACUAAGCGUAACGUUUAUUUACAGAUUGUUCCCAAAUUAUACAGGUCAAUUCUUUUCUUCGAAUUUUUUUUCCGCAUUAGUCCCUAAUAUAAAUAUAUAGACUCUGGCUACAACUUAGUUCGUGUACUUGGUCACCAUUUCGAUUAAUUAAAUACUGUGCACUUAUAAGUUAUACAUGUAAUAUUUUUUAUUAUAUUAUACUAUGACUAAUUCCGUUUUUCGUUUUUCAGAUUACCGAAACAAAUUGAGCUGUUAACACGCCGAAAAUGUAAUGCUACUGGGUAUCGGACGAUACCAAUAUUAUACUAUUCGACAACGACAUAAUAAUUUGUAUGCAAUUUUUUUGAAUUUCUGCGAUAAAAAAAAAAAAAAAAAUUAAUACGCAUAUACAUUCUAAUGUUUAAUUAUACG